AAACCUGAAAGUAAACCCUCACCAGGCCAUUUCCUCGUUCUCUUAUUCAGGCAACAGCUGUGUCCCGCCACCAACACCCCCGGGCGGCCGGGCCCCCAACUCUCUAUUCUCUUGUUCUCCUGAUUACCUGAGAAGUUUGUGUCUACCUAGCUCAUCCUUUCCACUCCAUAAGCCUCCCUCUAGGUCUUGCCGCUGCUGAUCUUCGCCUCUGCAGAGAAGAAACCUCGUCGCAGCAGGCUCCAAUUUCUUGAAAGUAAUUAGAGAUGGUUCUUCCUCGGGGCUUUUGAGGGGAAGAAGCACCAGCAGUAGCAGCUGCUCACUAUCUCGGAAGCCAUAGAUUUAAGUGGUGCUGAUUGAAAAUGUUGAAUCUUACAACGAUGAUCUGCAAUCGUCUAAAGGUGAAAGAGCUUGUCUCCAGUGUUCCUGUGUACACAAGCAUUACAGAUGGCUCUGCUGGUGGAUUAAGCUUGAUUUUAAGGCGCUGGGCUACCAAGAAGACUGCUGGAUCUACCAAGAAUGGACGAGACUCAAAACCUAAGAAUCUUGGAGUGAAGAAAUUUGGUGGAGAGAGGGUGAUACCUGGAAAUAUCAUAGUUCGGCAGCGAGGAACUCGUUUUCACCCCGGAAACUACGUUGGUAUUGGGAAGGAUCACACCCUUUAUGCUCUUAAGGAAGGAAAUGUCAAGUUUGAGACGCACAAACUUAGUGGUCGCAAGUGGGUGCAUGUUGAGCCCAAGGAUGGAUAUGAGCUUCACCCCGUUUAUGCAAUAGCAAGUGCUGCUUCAUCCCAGCUCGAGACAGCAUCUUGAUAUAUAUACAUAUUUUUUUUUCCAGAUGCAUCUUUAAUUUGGUUUGACCUUGGAGGGGUUUCCAACAUGAUCACAUGAUAAAUUAAAAUUGUUUUCAGGGUAAUUUUUCACGUUACUUUAUGCUAGUUCAAGUUCUUUGA